AUGAAGGAACAGUUUGACGUGGACGUCGUUGACGCCGAGAAGAACGGCCUUGCUCUUUCUGACUCGAGCAUUUCUCCCAUUGUAAAGGAUUGGGACGACAAGGAAGAGAAGAAGCUCAAGUUCAAACUCGACACGAUCCUGAUCCCCAUCCUGGGCUUCGCCUUCUUCGCCCUCCAGAUCGACCGAGGGAACAUCAGCGCCGCGCUGACAUCGACCAUCACCGAGGACCUGAACAUCACUACAAACCAGAUCAAUGUGGGCACGCAGUUGUUGUCCGCCGGCAUCGUCAUCAGCGAGAUCCCGUCGAACGUGAUCCUGCAGCGAGUCGGGCCUCAACGGUGGCUGUCUGCUCAGCUCUUUGCCUGGGGGCUGGUGGCUACAUUUCAGUCCUUUAUCCAGUCGUACCCAGCGUAUCUGGUGACAAGGUUUCUGCUUGGUCUGUUGGAGGGUGGCUUCAUCCCCGGAGCGCUCUACUACCUGUCGACAUGGUACAAGAAGGAAGAGACCAGUCUCCGGGUGACGCUCUUCUUCUUCGGGCAGAUGUUCUCCGGUGCGACGUCGAGUUUGAUCUCAGCCGGGCUCCUGACCCUGUCCGGGAAACGCGGUCUUGCUGGCUGGCGGUGGAUUUUCCUCGUCGAGGGCGUAAUCACCCUCUUCAUCGGAAUAGUCUUCAUCCUCUUCGUGCCCCCAAAGGCAGGCGACGGCCGACCGCUCAUCAGCUCCGUCACAGGCCGCUGGAGCUACCUGACGCCACGCGAAUCGCACAUCGCAACCUCGCGCGUCCUCCUCGACGACCCCAAGAAAAGCGCCGGGCACAUCAAGAUCACCGGCCGCGACAUCUGGACCACCGUGCGCCAGCCCCGCAUAAUCCAGCACUUCUUCAUCACGCUGGUCGCCAUGUCCGGGUUCCAGGGGUUGACGCAGUACACGCCCAGCAUGAUCAAGUCGUUCGGCUUCAGCGCCGUGCGGGCAAACGCAUUGGCGUCUGUCCCGGUGUACUGCGGUAUGCUCUGGGUCCUGAUCCUCUCGUAUCUCUCCGACAAGCUCAACCACCGCGGCCCCUUCGUCCUCAUCGCCAUAACAUGGAACGUGAUCUCAUACGCCUGCCUGCGCACCACACCAGCAACAUCAGGCCAAUGGCACAGGUACGGCGUGAUCGCCGCCGCAAAUGUCUCAUACGCGAGCAUGCACGUCCUAAACAUCGGGUGGCUAUCCGUAUACUGCAAGACGCCGCAAGAGCGCAGCGUAGCCAUGGCGCUGGUGGUUAUGGCCGCCAACUGCGCCGGCAUCUCCGGCUCCCAGAUUUUCCGCACAGAGGAUAAACCGCUCUACCUGCAUGGGCUCACGGCCAUCUGUGCCUUGGCUGCGGCGUCGUGGGUGCUGGCACUCGCGUUGAACCUGCAGAGUUAUUUCACGCAUCGGAGGGGAGCAAAGGGGCUUUCAGCGUCAAGGUCGAGUUGA